ACUGUGCUUUAUGCUAGCAGUAAACGUUUAAAACUAAUUGGUAGAAGGUUGGCUUUGCACGAUACGAUAUUACCAAGUGACUUUAUUCCAAUAUUCUCUUAAUGUUGUUCACAAUAAGAUAACGAAACGUAUCUUAAAAAAGUGAAGUGAAUCCACAUAUUAAUUCGUUGUGAGUUUAAACAAAAUUUUAAAUUAUAAAACAAACUUUUCCUUAUUUGGUACUUACUGACGAACAAGCGUCAAGGAAAUAUAAUAAACAAUGCCUGCUGCAGCUAGUGCUACUUCAGUUGGAGCCGCGGGCCGAUCGCCAAGCAAAGCUAUAGUACCUAGAACAGGUGGUGGUGGUACAGUUAGACAAAGGAAAACUGCGACAACUACUUCAACCAGGAGUAGAAACACAGGAGCUGGUUCUGAUGGCAUGUGGAGGUUUUAUACCGAUGACUCUCCUGGCAUCAAAGUAGGACCAGUACCCGUGCUUGUUAUGUCUCUUCUCUUCAUUGCAUCUGUCUUCAUGCUUCACAUCUGGGGCAAAUAUACUAGAUCUUAAGAUCUAAAAUAGGUAUUAGCUUAAGAAAAAAAUGAAGCAAUUGGAACGAAUUGUGCAGUGCAGCUGUUGAAAUGAAUUAAAAAGAAGUUGAGGAUAUUGUAAAAACGGAAGAUCAAUACGAUUCAAGAAAACAUGCUACAUUUUUAAUAUUAUUUUCCAAUUCAUUUAAGAGAACCAGACCACUGCAAGUUAUAAAUUAUUACAUUUCCAUACACCAUGGAUCUCUAUACUUUUUUAUCGCGAAAGAAGACCAAAAUUUAACGCGCGAUCAUGAAACACUUAUUAUAAUCAUUUAUCUUCAUCAAACUGAAUUUUAUAACAUUUAUAAGAAGAUACGCAUUGAGAAGCGUUAUCUUAUCUAAGAUAUGGUUAUUGUUUGUAAAGUUACUAUUAUAAUAAUAUAAUGUACAAUACUAAAAUAAAUUAUUCUUAAUUCGA